AUGAAAGACAAGUCCACAAAAGCAGUCUCCGGACUCGCAUCGGUCCUCCCCCAGAACACCAAACCAUGGUGGAAAACCACCCACCUCAUCCACCUAAAUAGCCUAAUCGCAAGCCUAAUCCUGUUCUCCAGUACAGUCGGCUAUGACAUCUCCCUAAUGAACAGCCUGCAAUCCCUGUCCCAAUGGCAAACCUUCAUGUCCCAACCAACAGGCAUAAAGCUCGGCUUCAUAAAUGCCCUGCAAAACAUCGGCAGCAUGCUCUUUCUGCCUAUACAGGCUUGGUCCGCUAACCGCUUUGGCCGUAAGCCCACCAUUCUCGCCGGGUAUCUCUUCAUGGUCGUCGGUGUGAGUUUGCAGACUGCAGCUCCGAAUGCUAAUAGUUUCAUCUACUCCCGGCUGUUGAUCGGUAUUGCUGGAGCCUGGUUCCAGUGCGCGGUUAUCCUUGUCACGGAGAUCGCGUAUCCUUCUCAUCGCUCGCUGGUUACUGCUAUCUAUAUGUGUCAGUACUAUGUGGGGUCUUUGCUGUCGGCGUGGAUUUCCUUCGGAAUGAGGAAUGUGCAGAGUAGCUGGGCGUGGCGCCUUCCUGUGGUUAUGCAGAUUGCGUUGCCGCUGCUUGCUUUGCCGGGGACGUUACUUGUGCCCGAGUCCCCGCGUUGGCUGAUCAGGCGCGGGCGGGCUGAUGAGGCGAGGAGCAUUUUGGUUGCAUUCCAUGCUGGGGGUGACGAGGACUCUAAGUUGGUGGCUUUUGAGAUCGAUGAGAUUAGCCAAGGUCUGGCGCUGGAACGCAAGACUCAGUACGAAUCGCGGUGGAUCGAUUGUGUGAAAACGCCCGGAAAUCGAUACCGGUUGUUCUUGAGUGUUUCUCUCGGUGUCUUUGCCCAGUGGAAUGGGGGUGGAGUCGUCUCAUACUACCUAACUAUGAUCCUCAACACAAUCGGCAUCACUUCAACGACCGAACAAACUCUGAUAAACGGCUUCCUCCAACUCUGGAAUCUGAUCAUGAGCAUAGUUGGCGCCUGUCUUGUCGACCGCGCCGGCCGGCGUGCCCUGUUCCUCACGUCAACUGUGAUAAUGCUGAUCAGUUACAUCCUUAUCACCGCGUUGUCAGGUAGCUUCGCUACGUCGCGUACCAGCGGUGUGGGAACAGCCGUUAUCCCGUUCCUGUUCAUCUAUUAUGCAGGCUACGACAUUGCCUUCACGCCGCUGCUUCUCGCAUACCCUGCUGAGAUCUGGACGACCGAGUUGCGGGCUAAGGGCGUGGCUAUCUCGACGAUCUCGAAUUAUUUGGCAUUGGUCUUCAAUCAGUUGAUUAAUCCUAUUGCGUUUGAGAGUAUUUCUUGGAAGUACUAUUUCGUGUUUUUGGUUGUGUUGCUUAUUGUCUUGAUUGUUGUUUGGAAGACGUAUCCCGAGACUAGGGGGAGAUCGCUUGAGGAGAUUGCGGUUAUUUUUGACGGAGAGAAAGCUGGUGUAACUGAUGGAAUUAUUCCUAAUGUGGUUGCGCAAGCAAAGCAGCCCCGGAGGGAUUGUACAUGA